AUGCAGUGGUCAGCUUUACCACUGGGCUACGCUCCGCCACUCUCACCCUCUUACCCAGUGAAUGCCAUGCAGUGGUCAGCUUUACCACUGGACUACGCUCCGCCACUCUCACCCUCUUACCCAGUGAAUGCCAUGCAGUGGUCAGCUUUACCACUGGACUACGCUCCGCCACUCUCACCCUCUUACCCAGUGAAUGCCAUGCAGUGGUCAGCUUUACCACUGGACUACGCUCCGCCACUCUCACCCUCUCACCCAGUGAAUGCCAUGCAGUGGUCAGCUUUACCACUGGACUACGCUCCGCCACUCUCACCCUCUUACCCAGUGAAUGCCAUGCAGUGGUCAGCUUUACCACUGGACUACGCUCCGCCACUCUCACCCUCUUACCCAGUGAAUGCCAUGCAGUGGUCAGCUUUACCACUGGACUACGCUCCGCCACUCUCACCCUCUUACCCAGUGAAUGCCAUGCAGUGGUCAGCUUUACCACUGGACUACGCUCCGCCACUCUCACCCUCUUACCCAGUGAAUGCCAUGCAGUGGUCAGCUUUACCACUGGACUACGCUCCGCCACUCUCACCCUCUUACCCAGUGAAUGCCAUGCAGUGGUCAGCUUUACCACUGGACUACGCUCCGCCACUCUCACCCUCUUACCCAGUGAAUGCCAUGCAGUGGUCAGCUUUACCACUGGACUACGCUCCGCCACUCUCACCCUCUUACCCAGUGAAUGCCAUGCAGUGGUCAGCUUUACCACUGGACUACGCUCCGCCACUCUCACCCUCUUACCCAGUGAAUGCCAUGUAG